AUGUCGGUGCUAAACUGUUCUACCAAAUUACUGAUACUGGAAAAAAUGCUGAAGAGUCACUUUCCUGAGUCACUCAAGGUUUACGGAGCUGUCAUGAACAUAAAUCGUGGGAAUCCCUUUCAAAAGGAAGUGGUAGUGGAUUCAUGGCCAGACUUCAAAGCUGUUAUCACCCGGCGACAGAAAGAGGCUGAGAUGGAUAACCUGGACCAUUAUACUAAUGCCUAUGCUGUGUUCUACAAGGAUAUCAGGGCUUACCGACGGCUGUUGGAAGAACAUGAUGUUAUCAACUGGGAUCAAGUUUUUCAAAUACAAGGGCUGCAGAGUGAAUUAUAUGAUGUUUCCAAAGCUGUUGCCAAGUCAAAGCAGUUAGAUGUAAAGCUAACCUCCUUCAAGGCCGUUCAUUUUUCUCCUCUUUCAACUCUGCCGAACACCAGUUCCCUAAUGGGUUCUUCCCCACAACUGACUUACCUGAGUGUUGCUGACGCUGAUCUUCUCAACAGGACUUGGUCGCGGGGUGGCAAUGAACAGUGUCUCCGGUACAUCGUGAACCUCAUCUCUUGCUUCCCCAGUGUAUGUGUCCGCGAUGACAAGGGAAACCCAGUCUCUUGGUCUCUCACAGAUCAGUUUGCCACCAUGUGCCAUGGCUAUACCUUGCCAGAGCAUCGCAGAAAAGGUUAUUGCAAGCUGGUGGCCCUCACACUGGCCAGGAAGUUACAAAGCCAGGGGUUCCCCUCUCAGGGUAAUGUCCUGGAUGACAACGUGGCAUCCAUAAGCCUCCUGAAGAGUGUCCAUGCUGAGUUCUUGCCUUGUCGUUUUCAUAGGCUUAUUCUCACCCCUGCAACUUUCUCUGGUCAAAUUUACCUGUAG